CUCCUUCCCUCAGCAGAGUCUCUCCUCUCACACCACCUCUGUGCUACAGGCUCCCUCUGUGACCAUGUCUGUCAGAGCCAUGAAGACCACCAGCUAUUCUACUGUGUCCUCCUCCAGGGGCCCAUCCCAAGGCUACAGCAGCCGCUCAUUCUCCGGUUACGGUGGCUCUGGUGUGGGCAGUGGCAGGCAGAGCUACGCUGUCCGCAGCUCCUAUGGAGGAGUGGGCAGCAGUGGUGCUGCUGUGGGCGCUGGGGGGUUUAAAGUGGCCGGUGGGUAUAUUGCUGGGGGGUCUGGGCAAAGAGGAGGUGGAGUGGAGUUUGGCUAUAUUGGCUUUGGUGGAGGUAUUGGAGGUGGCGUGGGAGGUGGCAUGGGAGGUGGCAUGGCCAAUGGUAUGGCAGCCCCCAUCACAGCGGUGACCGUGAACAAGAGCCUGCUGGCCCCCCUGAACCUGGAGAUUGACCCCAACAUCCAGGCAGUCCGCACCCAGGAGAAGGAGCAGAUCAAGACCCUGAACAACCGCUUUGCUACCUUCAUUGACAAGGUACGCUUCCUAGAACAGCAGAACAAAAUGCUCGAGACAAAGUGGAAACUUGUGCAGGAACAGACCACGUCUCGCUCCAACAUUGAUGCCAUGUUCGAAGCCUACAUUGCCAACCUCCGCAAACAGCUAGACAACUUGGGGCACGAAAAAGUCAAACUUGAGUCUGACCUGCAUCACAUGACGGGCCUGGUUGAGGACUUCAAGAACAAGUAUGAGGAUGAGAUCAACAAGCGCAAUGAAUGUGAAAACAACUUUGUCCUCCUGAAGAAGGACACCGACGCAGCCUACAUGAUCAAAGUGGAGCUGGAAGCCAAACUGGAUGGGCUCUCUGACGAGAUUGAGUUCCUGAAGCAGAUCUAUGAUGCAGAAAUCCAUGAGCUGCAGAGCCAGGUCAAGGACACAUCCGUUGUGGUUGAGAUGGACAACAGCCGCAACCUUGACAUGGACGCCAUCGUCGCUGAAGUGCGAGCCCAGUAUGAGGACAUUGCCAACCGUAGCAGAGCCGAAGCUGAGUCAUGGUACAAGACUAAGUAUGCAGAGAUGCAGCAGUCCGCAGGCAGAUACGGUGACGACCUGAAGUCAACCAAGGCUGAGAUCGCUGAGAUGAACCGCAGGAUAAUGAGGCUUCAGUCUGAAAUUGACAUGGUUAAAGCACAGAGAAACAGUCUGGAAACUCAGAUCGCAGAGGCUGAGGAGCGCGGUGAGAUGGCUGUGAAAGAUGCUAAACUCCGCAUCAGAGACCUAGAGGAAGCUCUCCAGAGAGCCAAGCAGGAUAUGGCCCUUCAAGUCCGCCAGUACCAGGAACUGAUGAAUGUGAAGCUGGCUCUGGACAUUGAGAUCGCCACCUACAGGAAACUGCUGGAAGGAGAGGAGUACAGGUUAGCAACUGGAAUCAAGACCAGCAUUUCCAAACAGACUUCUGUGAACUACAACGCCUACGGCCUGGAGAGCUCCAGAACCCCAUCCUACGUCAGCUGCUCCUUCGGUGGAGUCAAGGCCAGCGGCAAUGCUAUUGCUGAUAUCGAGGGGGCAUCAGUGAAGAGCACCACAGUCACCAAGACAGAAACCGUGGUGAUCAAGACCGAGGACAAGACAGUGGAGGAGAAGGAGGAGGUGCAGGAAGAGCAGGAAGAGCAAAAGGAGGAGGAAGUACAGAUAGCAGCUGAGGAGGAGGCUGCUGUGGAGAAAACGGAGGAGCAGGAGGAGGCUGAGCCUGAGCCUGAGGCUGCGGAGUGAUGUGUUUGUUACUGUCUUGUCAUGUUGAUGAUCUUGGUCUUGGAAGUUAAGAAAAAGCACACCUACUCUGCUUUAUUAUCCAGUUCUUUAACGAUUCAUUCACCAAAGUGCCUUCACCAAAUAGUGUUUCUGCUGUAAGAGGUGUAAACAACUAUCCUACAGAUUUUUUUAAUGAAGAGGUGCUAAUGGAUGAGUCUUUGUUCAGGUUUCUGAAACUUUGCUGUCAACUGUAGUCUGAGUCACUGCCUGUGGUUCAGUGAUCACUGCACCACACUUGUUUAUCCAGUGGGUGGCACUGUUGUACGUGUUUUCCUCUGCUGUUCUAUCUUGUCCUGCACUGCUGCCACAUCAAGUGUAAAAGCAAACUGCUGAUAGGAGUAAUUUGGGAAAAAUAAAACAUCUCCAUGUUGAUCUCCUCAUGCUGAACCUGCUGUACCUGAACAGAUUACUAAGAUUAAAAUCUGCCACAAAAGUCUUCACGACUUCUGCUCAGAGAAAACCUUUUUCGGUGUGCUACCUUUGGCAACACCUGGAGUUCUGUUUGCGCGACAAUAAAUCUUCUUC